AUGUCUAUUUUCACCAUUCUUGAUGAGAAAGAUGGUUACUGGCAAAUCAAAUUAGAUGAACCGUCCUCAAAGCUCUGUACUUUUAACACACCCUGGGGAAGAUAUAGAUUCUUGAGAUUACCGUUUGGCAUCAAGUCUGCAAGUGAGGUGUUUCAACAGAAAAACUGCAAGACCUUUAGUGACAUACAGGGAGGCCACAUCAUUGCAGACGAUAUGAUAAUAGCUGCCACGUCACAACAGGAACAUGAUGACAUCCUCGCUAAAGUGAUGGAGAGAGCAAAAGCAGCCAAUGUGAGAUUCAAUGGUGAUAAGAUCCAGUUUAUGAUAAGUACUGUGAAAUACAUGGGGCACAUCAUCUCACCUGAGGGCCUGCGACCAGACGAGGCAAAGGUGAAGGCGAUCAUGGACAUGCCUCCUCCAGAGGAUAAGCAAGGUCUUCAACGCCUACUGGGUAUGACCAAGUACUUAGCGCAGUACAUCCCCAAUGAAGCUUCAAUCACAGCACCCCUGAGACAGUUGCUGAGGAAGGAUGCUGUAUGGCAAUGGGACCCACACAAUGAUGCUGCUUUAGAGAGAUUGAAGUCAGCUCUCACACAGGCGCCUGUAUUGAGGUUCUACGACCACAAGAAGCCACUAACAAUACAGGCAAAUUCGUCAAAAGAUGGGUUAGGAGCGUGUCUCUUGCAAGAAGGACACCCUGUGUGUUAUGCAUCACGGGCACUCACUGACACUGAGCAAAGAUAUGCUCAAAUUGAGAAAGAGUUGCUCGCCAUACUCUUUGCAGCAAGGAAGUUUCAUCAUUACAUAUACGGCGAGCCAGUGAUGGUACAAUCAGACCAUAAGCCCCUGGAGAACAUCAUGCAGAAACAACAGUGCAAAGCCCCUGCAACAUUGCAACGAAUGCUACUACAAUUGCAGAAAUAUGAUCUAAACAUAGCAUACACACCGGGCAAGCACAUGUAUAUAGCUGAUACGCUAUCACGUGCGACUGCGAGCAAAGAGGUUGAUGAGGCUGGAGAUCUCUAUGAUGAGAAAGUCGUGCAUGGCUUGGAAGCCACUGAUGCACUGAGUCCACAGACUUUGCAGCAAUUGAAAGAGGCCACUGCAGCUGACCAAGUCCUGCAGGAUCUGUGUGAAAAGGUAAAGUCAGGCUGGCCACAGAAACGACGCAGUGUAAACAUCAAUUUGCAUGGUUACUGGGCUCUGCGACACAAGAUCAGCAUUCAGAAUGACAUUGUGAUGGUAGGUGACAAGAUAAAUAUACCUCAUACAUUCAAAAAAGUAAUCCUAGAGAAACUACAUAAAGCUCAUCAAGGUGUCCAGAGAACAAAAGCCAAAGCAAGAAAAUCCCUCUACUGGCCUGGGAUGGCUCGGGACAUCGAAAUGAUGGUGGAGAAAUGUGCACCGUGCCAACAGCUCCAGCCGCAACAGCAGAAAGAAACGCUCAUCAGACACGAUGUUCCAGAGCUACCAUGGUUGAAGGUUGGUGUGGACAUUUUUGAGUUGAGAGAUUUUACCACACCAACUCUGAUUGUGCUGCCACAGAGUUCAUUGUUCACUGGAGACUCAGUUACUCUGAGAUGUGAGGUGGAUCAUUCAUGGGAUGGAUGGGAGUUUCUCUGGACUAAAAACUCAAACACUGAAUCUACUGAAGCUUCAACUAAAACAAUCGAUUCAGUGAAAGUCUCUGAUGGAGGAGAGUACAGGUGCAGAGCACGAAGAGGAGGACAUUACACACGUCACAGUGAAGCAGUAACAGUGAUAAUAUACGAAAGACCAAAACUCAAAGUGAGCAUUAAACCUGCUCGACAUGUAUUCAGAGGAGAGACAGUCACUCUCAGAUGUGACAUUGAUGGUGAAGGAGUCACUAGCUGGCAGUACAGCUGGUAUAAAGAUGAUUCAAACAGUGUAUUCAAUGGACUACAGGAACACACAUUCAGUUCUGUUACUGAGUCUGACGCAGGUAAAUACUCCUGUUAUGGAGCAGAGAGAGGAGGACCACGAACAUCAAACAUCAGUGAUGAAGUUACACUGACAGUAUCAGACAGACUCCAGGCAGUUUUAAGUGUUUCUCCACAGAAGUGGUUGACUGAAGAAGAUCCAGUGACUCUGAUCUGUGAGGUUUAUGGCUCCUCUACAGACUGGACAUUCAGCUGGUUCACUCUAACUGCUUCAUCAGAAAGCAGCAAUAAUUAUCAGCUGCUCUCAGACAGCAGCAGAGGAGCUGGAGGAAACUACACUGUCAGUUCUGCUGCUCUAAAACACACAGGAGUUUAUGUGUGCAGAGCAGAGAGAGGAAAACCAGCCUAUAAAACAACCUACAGCAACACACAGCCAGUAUGGGUCACUGGUGUUUCUCCUCUAGUCUCUCUGAUCAUCAGUCCCAGCAGAACUCAACACUUCACAUCUGUCUCUCUCUCUCUGAGCUGUGAGGACCAGAGUAACUCUGAUAGAUGGAGAGUGAGAAGAUACACAGAGAGUAAACAGCUGGAAGAUUGUUCAUCAUCAGUGUGGGGAUCACAAACAGGAUCUACAUGUACAAUCAGCUCCACCAUCACAUCAGACACUGGAGUGUACUGGUGUCAGUCUCAAUCUGGAGAAAACUCUCAUCCUGUUAAUAUCACUGUACACUCUGGUGUGAUUCUGGAGAGUCCUGUUCAUCCUGUGACUGAAGGAGAUACUCUGACUCUACGCUGUUUAUAUCAACAUUCAACUCCACCAAACCUCAGAGCUGAUUUCUAUAAAGAUGGAUCACUCAUCCAGAAUCAAACUACAGAGAUGAUCAUCUCUACUGUCUCAAAGUCACAUGAGGGUUUCUACUACUGCAAACACUCAGAGAGAGGAGAGUCACCCAAGAGCUGGAUCUCAGUCAGAGAAAGACCAAAAGCCAAAGUGACCAUUAAACCUACUCAACAUGUAUUCAGAAGAGAAACGGUCACUCUCAGAUGUGACACAUAUUCGGAAGGAGUCACUAGCUGGCAGUACAGCUGGUAUAAAGAUGAUUCAAACAGUGUUUUCAGUGAACUACAGGAACACACAUUCAGUUCUGUUACUGAGUCUGACGCAGGUAAAUACUCCUGUUAUGGAGCAGAGAGAGGAGGAUUACGCAGAUCACAAAACAGUGAUGCUGUUACUCUGACAGUAUCAGAACUCAGAGCAGUUUUAAGUGUUUCUCCACAAAAGUGGUUGACUGAAGGAGAUCCAGUGACUCUGAUCUGUGAGGUUAACAACUUUUCUACAGACUGGACAUUUACCUGGUACACUGUAACCAUUUCAUCUGACUACAGCAGUCAUCAUUAUCAGAUGCUCUCAGACAGCAGCAGAGGAGCUGGAGGAAACUACACUGUCAGUUCUGCUGCUCUAAAACACACAGGAGUUUAUGUGUGCAGAGCAGAGAGAAUAAAACCAGCUUAUUAUAAAACCAUCAGCAACACACAGCCAGUAUGGGUCACUGGUUGUUCUCCUCGAGUGUCUCUGAUCAUCAGUCCCAGCAGAACUCAACACUUCACAUCUGUCUCUCUCUCUCUGAGCUGUGAGGACCAGAGUAACUCUGAUAGAUGGAGAGUAAGAAGAUACACAGAGAGUUGGGGGCUGCAAGAUUGUUCAUCAUCAGUGUGGGGAUCACAAACAGGAUCUACAUGUACAAUCAGAUCCACCAUCACAUCAGACACUGGACUGUACUGGUGUCAGUCUCAAUCUGGGGAGAACAGUCAUCCUGUUAAUAUCACUGUACACUUUUUUGUGAUUCUGGAGAGUCCUGUUCAUCCUGUCACUGAAGGAGAUACUCUGACUCUACGCUGUUUAUAUCAACAUUCAACUCCACCAAAUCUCAGAGCUGAUUUCUAUAAAGAUGGAUCACUCAUCCAGAAUCAAACUACAGAGAUGAUCAUCUCUACUGUCUCAAAGUCACAUGAGGGUUUCUACUACUGCAAACACUCAGAGAGAGGAGAGUCACUCAAGAGCUGGAUCUCAUGUCUCCUUCAGAAUCUCAGAUCUCUGUCCUCCACACACUCAGUUCUGUUCUGGCAGUUUGUCCAUAUCUGCUAG